AUGACAACCGAAUCGCAACAAAAUAUUGUCGAUUCAACAUUGGAUCUUUCACUGCGACAGGUGGAUAAGAGUGCAUCGUGUAGCGAAGUGAAUGAUGAUUACGAUCCACAUGAACAUCGUAAUGUUAAAAAUCCCACUACAAAUUGGCAAACAUUUGCCCAUUUUCUUAAGGCCAGCAUAGGUACGGGUGUACUGGCCAUGCCGAGUGCAUUUGCCAAUGCCGGUUAUGUUAACGGUUUUGUUCUGACGGCUAUUGUUGGCUUCCUGGCAGUUCAUUGUUUACACAUUUUGAUUAAUUCCAUGUACGAACUAUGCAAACGUAAACGUGUGGCAUAUUUAACUUUUUCCGAAGCCAUGACAAUGGGAUUCAGAGAGGGACCACCAAUUUUCAAAUGCAUAAUACCGAUAGCAACACCCUUUGUCGAUGGUUUUCUGGCAUUUUAUCAUUUCGGUAUCUGUUGCGUUUAUGUUGUCUUCAUUGCCGAAAGUAUAAAACAAAUUGUCGAUGAACAUUUAAUUGUUUUGGAUUUGCGAAUUCAUAUGUGUUUUGUAUUGGUUCCGCUAUUCUUGAUAUUCAGUAUUCGCAAUUUAAAACUUCUGGCACCGUUUUCGUCAUUUGCCAAUCUUUUGUUAUUAGUGGGUUUCGGUGUAAUUCUCUAUUAUAUUUUUGAUGAGCUGCCACCGUUGUCGGAGCGUAAAGCAGUUGAAGCUCUAUCCAAAUUACCCAUAUUCUUUGGUACUGUGCUCUUUGCCUUGGAAGCUGUUGGUGUGAUACUGGCCAUCGAAGAGAAUAUGGCCACACCCAAAGCCUAUUUGAAACCGUUUGGCAUCAUGAAUAUGGGAAUGCUCAUUGUCCUCUCGCUGUAUAUUACAUUGGGAUUUUUUGGCUAUUGGCGAUACGGAGAUGAUGCUAUGGGCAGUGUAACAUUAAAUAUACCACAGGAAAAAAUUUUAGCACAAGUAACUAAAAUUCUAUUUGCCAUUACUACCUGGAUAUCGUAUGCCCUGCAGGGCUAUGUAACAGCUGAUAUUAUUUGGAAUAAAUAUCUAUCGAAACGUGUGAAGGACACCACGAAACAUGCACUCUAUGAACUAUUGAUUCGAGCAAUGGUUGUGAUAUUAACAUUUUGUUUUGCUGUUGCCAUACCGGAUUUAUCGUUGUUCCUGUCACUGGUCGGCUCGUUUUGUUUGUCGAUUUUGGGUUUAAUAUUCCCAGCCUUGUUGCAGAUUUGCGUCCAGUACACGACGGGUUAUGGUCCAUGGAAGAUAAGAUUAACCAAAAAUUUAUUACUUGUGGCAUUUGGUGCUUUGGGUGGUGUGGUCGGAACGUACGUUAGUAUUGUUGAAAUUGUAAACGCAUAUAACAAAUGAAAAUACAAUUAAGAAAAACCAGAAAA